AUGAUUAAUAAGCUGGAAGUUGAAGCAUUGAAGGAUCGAUUGGGUUAUAAGAAUGCUUUUGGUGUUUCUAGUGUUGGGAGAGCUGGAGGUUUGAGCCUUUACUGGAAGGAGGAAGUUCUGUUUUCUCUUGUUUCGUUUUCCCAACAUCAUAUAUGUGGCGAUGUGGAGGAUAAGGGGAAGAAAUGGCGGUUUGUUGGUAUCUAUGGGUGGGCAAAAGAGGAGGAGAAACAUUUCACUUGGUCUCUCCUCCGUCACCUUUGUGUGGAGUCACCAUUACCGAUUAUUGUUGGCGGGGAUUUUAAUGAAAUUUUGUGUUAUUCCGAGAAAGAAGGAGGAGCUGAUAGAGUCCGGAGAGAAAUGACUGGCUUUCGAGACACUAUGGAUUUCCUUGGCCUACGUGAUCUGGGGUACACGGGCCACUGGCACACUUGGGAACGAGGUAAAUCAGCUAACACUUGCAUCCGUGAGCGUUUGGAUCGAUUUGGGCUAGGACCAAACAACGCCGGGAAGUUUACCAAACUGGAUAAACAAAUUGGGGAAGCGGAAAGGAAGUUAGCUGCGGCCCAACAGCAGGCUAUCACGGAUGAAAAUUGUCAGUUGUGUGUUGAUCUUGAAAAGAGUUUGGAUGAAUUACAUGAGAAGAGAGAAGCUUACUGGUAUUUACGCUCUCGAGUGGCUGAAGUGAGAGAUGGAGAUCGAAACACCAGUUAUUUCCACCAUAAAGCCUCUCAACGACGAAAGCGUAAUUAUGUGCAUGGCCUUUUUGGGAAUGAUGGAGUCUGGCGCGAAGAUGCUUGUGAUAUUGAAGCGAUUUUUGCUGAAUAUUUUGCUUCCAUUUUUACCUCAACAAACCCCUCUGAUUCGGCAUUCCAUGAAGUGCUGAAGUUUGUGGAGCCCGUUGUUACUGCUGACUGUAAUCGGGAGCUUUUGCAGCCGUUUACUAAGGAUGAAGUGUUUGCAGCUUUACAACAAAUGCACCCUUGUAAAGCACCUGGCCCUGACGGUAUGCAUGCUAUUUUGUAUCAACACUUCUGGCAUAUUGUUGGUGAUGAUGUGACUCAUUUUGUUAGUAAUAUUUUGCAUGGCAAUUCUUCUCCCUCUUGUAUUAAUUCCACAAAUAUUGCAUUGAUCCCUAAGGUGAAAAACCCCACAAAAGCAUCUGAAUUUCGCCCUAUUGCUCUUUGUAAUGUGUUAUAUAAGCUGGUCUCAAAAGCUAUUGUUCUUAGAUUGCAAGCUUUUUUACCUAUGAUUGUAUCGGAGACUCAAAGUGCUUUUGUGCCUGGUAGACUCAUUACUGAUAACGCUCUCAUAGCUAUGGAGCUUUUUCAUACUAUGAAGCACCGAAAUAAGAGUCGUAAAGGUAUUAUAGCCAUGAAGCUGGAUAUGAGUAAAGCAUAUGACAGGGUGGAGUGGGGUUUCCUGAGAAAAUUGUUACUCACUAUGGGGUUUGAUGGAAGAUGGGUGAAUCUCAUUAUGCAAUGUGUCUCUAGCGUCAAUUAUUCUUUCAUUAUCAAUGGAGGAGUAUGUGGUUCGGUUACUCCUGCAAGAGGGCUUCGACAGGGGGACCCUCUUUCCUCGUACCUUUUUAUUCUGAUUGCUUAUGCUUUCUCGAGGAUGAUUCAGAGAAAUGUGCAGGAUAAACGGCUUCAUGGGGCUAAAGCUAGCCGCAGUGGUCCAGAGAUCUCUCAUCUUCUCUUUGCAGAUGACAGUUUACUUUUUACUAGAGCCACCCGACAGGAAUGUGCAGUUGAAAAACACGAGAAGUACCUUGGUAUCCCUUCUAUUUCUGGUCGUUCCAAAAGAGCUGUUUUUGAUUCGCUCUUAGAUAGAAUUUGGAAGAAACUCCAAGGGUGGAAGGAGAAAUAUUUGUCUAGAGCGGGCAAGGAAAUUCUGCUAAAGUCUGUUAUACAAGCUAUCCCUACUUAUCUCAUGGGAGUGUACAAGCUCCCCUGUUCUGUCACUCAAAAAAUUCACUCUGCUAUGGCUCAAUUUUGGUGGGGAAGUUCUGCUACUCAACGGAAGACACACUGGAAAAAUUGGGAUGCUAUGUGCUCUUUGAAAUGUCUUGGAGGUAUGGGUUUUAAAGAUCUGAGGGUCUUUAAUGAUGCACUUUUGGGUAGGCAAGCUUGGCGUUUGGUGCGUGAGCCUCAUUCACUUAUGGCUAGGGUUAUGAAAGCUAAAUACUACCCUAAUCAUGAGUUCUUGGAUGCUUACCUAGGGACCUCAGUUAGCUACUCUUGGAAAAGCAUUUGGAGUUCCAAAGCAUUACUAAAAGAGGGAGUUGUAUGGCGUGUGGGCACGGGGGCCAAUAUACACAUUUGGGAGGAUCCAUGGGUUGUGGACGAGGAGGGGCGGUUCAUCACGAGCACGCCUACUGCGGGCCUUUCGAUGGUGAGUGACUUGGUCGAUGUGGACAGGAUGGACUGGAAGGUCGAGGUGGUGGAGGCGGCUUUCAAUGAGCGUGACACUCGCUGCAUUCUUGCGACUCCGCUUGGUAAUGGUGAAUUGAAGGAUGAGUUGACGUGGGCUCUCACUAAGGAUGGGGUCUACUCUGUAAAGACGGCCUACAUGCUUGGUAAGGGGCUUAAUCUUGAUGAUUUUCAUAAUGCUUGGGUGGAUAUCUGGAGUUUGGAGGCUAGCCCCAAAGUUCGUAACUUCUUAUGGCGCCUAUGUACCAAUUCACUUCCGGUGCGAUCUCUUCUAAAGCACCGCCAUGUUAUUGAUGAUGAUAUAUGUCCUCGCGGCUGUGGUGAAACUGAAACGCCUGCACAUGCUAUUUUCGGCUGCCCCCAUAUUGCUGAUUUAUGGGCUGCUAGUGGUUGCGCAGCUCUCUGUCAUGGGUCUAAUACUCACACAAUGUGUGAUUUAAUAUUGAGCUGGCGCGAGAUUGAUAGAGCGACAAAAAUUAAAGGUGUGUUUUUGGCUUGGAGUAUUUGGGGGGAGAGGAACAAUGUGGUCUUUAAUAAUAAACACACUCCUCCCCGAGUUCUACUUGAUCGAGCGAAAAGAAAUGCGGAGGAUUUUGGCUCAUAUGCGAAACGCAUCUAUCCAGCUUGGCCACAGAUCACUCCCCGGAGCUCACGCAUUUGGCUUGCCCCUCCUGCUGGGUUCACCAAACUAAACGUGGACGCAUCCUUGGCGGUUGAUGGCUGGGUAGGAUUGGGUGUAGUAGCUCGUCAGGCUGACGGUGAAGUCCUAUUUGCAGCCACUCGACGAAUCCGAGCCCACUGGUCUCCAGAAGUAGCAGAAGCAAAAGCCAUUUUAAUGGCUGUUCGGUUGAGUAAAAGGUAUGGGUUUCAAGAGAUUAUUCUAGAAUCGGACUGUCAGCUGGUGAUUAAUAAACUUUUGAAGAAUGCUCUCCGUCUCUCGGAUUUAGACUCUAUUCUCCAUGAUAUUCUUUCUUCUAGUGUUGGAUUUAAGUCCAUCUCUUGGUCACAUGUCAGACGUGACGGGAACUUUGUAGCGCAUCAUUUAGCUAGAUUGUUUCCUUUUGGUAUUGAGCAAAUUUGGGAGAACCAUUGUCCAUUGGAAGUGGCUCCUUACGUUUUGUUGGACAAAUUAUCUUUGGAGUAA